GCGCGGCUGCUGUACGUGCAGCGGCGUGUCUGGAUGCGCGCGCCCAUGGCGCUGGACUUGGAGAAGCAGCGGGCGCCGAGCCCCGGCCGCCCGGGCUCGCCGGCUUCCUCCGAGCGACGGCUCAAGGUGACUGCGGACGGGGCAUCGGCGCCACAGCAGCAUCAGCAACCAGCCGCCCAACCGGCACCGGCGGCCGGAUCAACGCCACCUCUCAAGUUCUCCAUCGAACGGAUCCUGUCGUCCGAGUUUGGGCCGACCGGCGGCCGCAGUGUUCCCACCGCCGCCGCCGUUGUCACCGCCAAGGAAUCGCAGCAGCCUCGCAAGGAAGACCGCACUAAGCCCAUCAGUGAGCGCGCCACGACGCCUCCACAACCGAACCAGCAGGGACUGCUCUGGCCCGCAUGGGUCUACUGCACGCGAUACUCGGACCGACCGUCUUCAGUGGUCCGUACAGAGGCCUCCACGUCCAACCAGAAAGGUCCCCGGUCCCGUCGCAUGAAGAAGCGCGAGAAGAAGGAAGAGAAGCGGCCGCGCACCGCCUUCACGGCCGACCAGCUGGCGCGCCUGAAGCAGGAGUUCCAGGAGAACCGCUACCUGACCGAGAAGCGCCGCCAGGACCUGGCGCGUGAGCUGCGCCUCAACGAGUCGCAGAUCAAGAUCUGGUUCCAGAACAAGCGAGCCAAGAUCAAGAAGGCCUCGGGACAGCGGAACCCGCUCGCCCUCCAGCUCAUGGCGCAAGGCCUGUACAACCACUCGACCUCGUCGCAACAGGGCGGCACCGGCGACGACGACUCCUCCUCGUGACACUGAGCCGUCAUGCACGCGUCGCCGCUGGGACCAAGGGUCGCCCACGACGUCUCGAACGGUCGCCGUGUUUCGGUCGUGCUCGUGGCAACUGGUGCGGUGUGCACGCGUAUACUUUAGCUGUGUGCUCAGUUUAGUGCAAUAGUCAAGUAUACACUGAAGAGUCCGCGUGGAAGCUUUGUGCGACGGUUCUCAUUAUACGGCUGUAUGCUUAACAAGUUCGAAUACGGGCAGAAGAGGAUUUGAAAAGUCGUUGCGUGUUUAAAUUACUUAUCGUCCUAAAUGUUAUUCAGAUUGUCUUCUAUUAAUCUCAGCUAUAAUUUUCGACAUACCGGAAAACCGGGCAGCGGCGUAAACGAUGAGGCGCGAGCCCUCGAUUUUAGAAUAUCAAGAAGGAUUAUAUAUUUAUGAGCACAGCUGGCCGAAUGCGCGUGGCUCACUAAAGUGAUAGCCUUCUCGUUAAAAGUGUCCGCGUAUUUCAAGAAGCCCCAACCAGGCGUUACAAAUCUCGGUCGUGUGGCUGUUUUCAAGCAAGAACUCUCGACUCGCAUAAAAGAGUGGCAAAAUUUAGGCACAAUUAUGUCUUGCGGCUAGAAAACAGUUGUUCGCGGAGUACACGCACCAGAUGCAAAA